GCUUAAGAUAAAUCGAAGCUUCCAGACCUAAAAAGCAAUUGGAGAUCAGAACGAUUGUGGAGAAACCUAAUCCGAAGAAGAAGAAGAAGAAGCAGACGAAGAACAAACAGAUGGCGAGGAUGAUGGAGACGAAUAGGUAUGGUUAAUUUCGUUGCACCAACCGAUCCUUGAUCCAUUCUUUUCGAAAAGCUUCGUUAGUCAACUUUCUCUGCGCUCGAUUUGGUUCAGAUCGUUUAAAUUUGUGCUUUUCGUGCCUGUUGUGUUCAUCGCUUAAUUGGCGUUGUUUUGGCACUGUUUCUCACUCUUCCUUUCUUGUUGGACUGACUUUAUAGGCUUGUGGGUUCUUUCUGUCUCUUUUUCCCCCUUAGAUAUGCCAGGUUUGAAAUUUAUCCAUUUUGGACUCAAGGGUUUACGAUAGAAAGGAAAUUUUAGCGGAUAUAGCUCUUGGCAAUGGGAGGUUAUUGAUUGAACAUACUAACUUGGGCGAAGUUGGAAGAUCACUGUUACCUAUCGAAACAUCUCCGGAUUCACUCGAAUUCCGUGUCGUAUGAGAAGAAAAACAUCAUUUGGGCGGUGGUGUGCGAUUGAGGGUGUGGGGAACUACCUAAUACGGUUUCUCUAGCUGGUUAUGUUUGGGAUUUACUUUAGUGUCUUUGCAGUUUGGAUUGAAUUGUCUCUCUCGUACUCUUUAACAGCUUUUAGUGAUUUAAACUGAGAAACCUAAGGUGAAACCGGUUUAGAUUCAAACAGUUGAGUACCCCUCCGUAAAAAAGUGAAUUAGCGUUUGCAGUGCUUGGAUUUGGUUGGUGCUAGUAGGGCAUUUAUACUUUUGGCGGGAGCUAAUUGAAUAGAUCUGAGUGUUUUUCUUUGUUAAAGAUUCAAUGAUAAAGGUUCUUUGAUUGUCAAGAUGAUGAUUGUUCUUCACUUGAUUGAUGUUACAGAAAUUAUGUUCUUGACUAGUAUCUCCCUCUUGUGCAUAGAAGUAUCAGAGGGAGGAUUUUGCGUUUUGAUAUAAAGGUUUUAGGUUGGUGCGUAAUAACGAAUCUGUAGGUAACAAUCGAUCUAAUAGUUCUCUGUUGCUCACUCUCGAGGAAUAAUUUGAUGCUUUGAAGCUUUUGUUUUCCUCUUAUAAAUUAUGCAAGUUGACAACAUUGACCCACAACGAUGAUACCCCGAAGUGAUUUCCAGUCAUGAUAGUAAGGAUGCAUGUGCAAUUUAUGUUUGGCAAAGUUGUAUUGUGCGAAAUGGUUCUACACUUCUACAUGGUAGUGACAAUUGAUGAUUCCUUCACUUUAUUCUUCCAAAAUGGCAACAAUUUUUCACGAUUAUAGAAUGUUUCUAACUCCAGACUGUAGAACCUAACAAAUGCUGAUUUUGUGAUGGUUUUGUUUUUAGUGGAAAACCUGAUUUCUAGGGAAGUUAGGACUUAGGACAAAGUGUUGUCAAGGUGAAGCUUGUUUACCUUGGUCUGAACAGAUUAUAACCCGAAGUUUUAUUUUGCUUGUUGUAUUUAUCGUCUUCCACAAGUUAUGCAAUUUUAAUACGAGUUUCUGGAAUUCAUUGAUUUAGAUUUUAAGCCUUCUUCUAUACUCACACUCCAUGUUGUUUUGUGAUAUUAUGCUGGACUAGAUCUGAGGCGCAGGUGAUUGAUUGUUUUAUUCCGCGGUGCAUGUAAGUAUGAUAUUGGAAUCCUUUCUGAUGUUUUUAAUGUUAACUUCAUGUUUCUCUUGCUUUUGACAAGAUAGCACACAGCUUUGUUAUCAAGAUUGGUUCUUAAUUCCAGUACAUGCAGACCAGUUCUAAGUAAAAUCAGACUUCCAUAAAAAAGAGAGCACGCAGGGGGAAGAAUGGCAACGAAUCUGUGGCAGAAACUAUCUCCUGGUGGAGAGAGCAUAAUCAAAAGCUCGACUGCUCCAAUGAGAAUGAGAAGCGAGUUCCGAAACCACCUGCUAAAGGUUCAAAGAAAGGUUGUAUGAGAGGCAAAGGAGGGCCAGAAAAUACUAGCUGCCAGUACCGUGGUGUUAGACAACGCACCUGGGGCAAAUGGGUCGCUGAGAUCCGAGAACCUAACCGGGGGAAUCGCCUUUGGCUCGGAACUUUCCAAACUGCAAUUGAAGCCGCCCUUGCUUAUGAUGAGGCUGCAAGAGCUAUGUAUGGUAACUUGUCCCGCCUUAACUUUCCGGAGGCUAUGCCAUGGGAAGAGUCAUGGGAGUCUGCUUCUUCAGCUUCACAUAAUUGUCCCGCUGUGAUUGGUGCCUCCAUUUCUCAAGAGGAUCAGAUUAGAGAUCCUAAAGCUGAAGUCAAAGAGGAGCUCCAGUCUCAUCACAACGAUAGUAUUGGUUUCUUGCAAGAGGCACCUUUAUCUGCUGAAGCGCCAGAGGAUGAAUUCUCUGUGGAGGACAUGUUGAGGAUGAUGGCAAAUGAAAUUGACAGCAACAGCGUGAAUGAGUUUGGUGCCACAGAGAACUGGCAAUGGCCUAUGCCAGAGGACAACCUAUUGAACUUCCAUAACAUAGAUGAUACCAUUGAAAUUGGCCCUUUGUGGGCCGACAGAGACCGACUUGAGUUGGAUACGGAGUACAGUGACAUUGUUUCAAAGCCGUUGUUGGGUGAUGACUGGGAGCAAGGCAUGGUGAUGGAAAUGCCUACAACUGCUGAGUUUGGUGCCUCCACUGUGGAUGUCCUUUCAAGUCCAACUAAUUGAUAAUGUCGUGACAAACCAUUUAUUUCCAGAAUCACUCGAUCUCUACUUUUUAAAAGAGAUGAGAGAUGUAUAACCUCAUUUUCUGCCUUGUACAUAGUUCUCAUAGAAGUUGGAAGUUGUAUUCUGUUUGAUUAGUCAGUCACCUGUCAUGCACAUAGGCAGUCUCGGCAAGGUUGUUACUUUAUCUAGUCAGGACUGCUGUAUUUUGUGAUUUAAACAUGUCGCAUAUGUCAUAAGGGACUCCCAGCUGUGUACACAGAUCUCUUAUUGGAAUUACUCUAUCAUUUUUAAAUUCUAUUUUAUUA